AUAAUAGAAAAAAAAAAAAAAUCAUAUGCACACACUGCCUUGUUGGAUACAAGGAGUCAAGGAUGAAGGUGGAGCUACUAACGGCUAAACUAAACGUUAAGCUCCUCGACCUUCGAGCUGGAGGGCCGUGAACCGUGAUCUGCUGCGCGGUUGGCCGACUCCAAUCAGCCACCGUCAGUAACUGGUAGAGCAGCAGACAAGUCGCUGCACCGUCAAAAAGCUUGUCUCCGUGUCGUCGUCUCAUACCGCAACAUCCGUCGACUCUUUUGACUGUGCGUCUGCCGCCCUCUCUAUAAAUUCACUGCCACCCGCUUGCUGCAGAAUUCCCCCAAUCCUGAGUUUUCCUUCUUCCCCCCAUCCUAUCUCUGUGAGGCUAAGGUUGUGGUGACGGGAGUUCCGGCAGCAAGAUGGCCGGAGUUUUAGUCGUUCUCGCAUUUGUUGCCUUCUUGAUCGAAGGGGCUUCGGGUUCAAGGUUCACGCUGACGAACAACUGCCAGUACACCGUUUGGCCCGGUUUGCUUUCGAGCGCCGGCAUUGCUUCGCUGCCCACCACAGGCUUUGCUCUGCAGUCCGGCGAGUCGCGUAGCCUCGACGCCCCCGCCGCCUGGUCUGGCCGCCUCUGGGGCCGCACCCACUGUUCCACCGACUCCGCCGGCAAGUUCACCUGCGGCUCCGGCGACUGCGGGUCGGGCUCCGUCGAGUGCUCUGGCGGCGGGGCAGCGCCGCCCGCCACCCUCGCGGAGUUCACCCUCGCCGGAAGCGGCGGAAUGGACUUCUACGACGUGAGCCUCGUGGACGGGUACAACCUCCCGAUGCUGGUGGUCCCCGAGGGCGGCUCCGGCGGGACGUGCGGCUCCACGGGGUGCCUGGUGGACCUCAACGCCCUGUGCCCGUCGGACCUCAAGGUGGUCCUCGCGCAGUCCGACGGCGGCAGCGAGGGCGUGGCGUGUAAGAGCGCGUGCGAGGCCUUCGGGACGCCGGAGUACUGCUGCAGCGGCGCGUACGGCAACCCCAACACGUGCCGGCCGUCGUCCUACUCGCAGUUCUUCAAGAACGCGUGCCCCAGGGCGUACAGCUACGCCUACGACGACGCCACCUCCACCUUCACCUGCGUCACCGGCUCCGCCAACUACCUCAUCACCUUCUGCCCCAGCACCACAAGCCAGAAAUCAUCGGGCUCGAACCCGCAGGCAGUGCCGGCGACCAGCAACACCAGCGCGAUGGUGUACGUGGGCGGCGAACAAGCCAGCGACGGCGCCGCCCUAGCUGUUUCACGCGUGCCGCUGCUCGCCCUCGCGCUCGCCGUCCUCUCUGUGAUCUCGUAGAAGCCACGUCUCGAAGCGCGGACGGCCAUGCUUCAGUCACGUGGGCUCUCUGCCAUUUUUCGGCCGUUGGGGCGUCUACUUCUAUCCGUACUCUCCGUCAGUUAAACCCCGAUUUUACACGCAGUGCAGGAAGACACGUCAUAUGGCAGAAUCUUUCACCUACAACACAGUAGCCAACUUAUUGACCGGCAGACAGAGUGGGUCCAUUUUUUUUCUCAUUUGGGUAGGUGUGAGAAUUAUUAUUUUUUAUUUCAAUUUGUCCUGCCAGAGAAUGUAAUUCUUAAAAUAGAAAUUGAUUAAUACAAUGAUAUACGAUA